AUGUCAUCUUCUUCCUACGAACUUGUCCUUACCAGUUCUCCAGAUGGCCCCAUCAUCGCCUACGAUGCCUCCACUGGGGUUGAAGUCACUCGCUUUCCAGGCACACGGUCACCCCGCCGGGGCCUCACUGUGGCCGGAAAUAGCUUCAUUGCCGCGUCUCAUGUGUCACCCGACACGGCCGCUGUGUCCAUUCACCUCUACAACUGGCACACUUCAAGUGUGCUUCACAGAUUCUCCGUGCCUGAGUUUGUUGCCCCACUUGCUGCUACUCCCGACGGCGGCUAUAUCUUCGCCGGAGGCCAGUCCGGAACCAUCCAUUGCUUCUCUGUUCCUUCUGGGAAUAUGGUCAAGUCUUUUCCUGCUCACACAAAACCCAUCUCUUGUCUCCAACUCAGUAUUGAUGGGUCAUUGGUAAUUUCAGGCAGUGAUGCUGGAAGCAUUAUGGUGAUCCCAACUUUUCAAAUCGUAGAAUCAUCAGACUCAAACUCAAGCUCAAAAGACUUGAUUCUGCAGCAUUGGAAGAAGGCACAUUCAGAUUCAGUCACAGCUUUGAGCACAGGAAUAGGGCUAUGCAACUCCAUGCUUGUCUCGUCCUCGCUAGAUUCAACCUGCAAGUUCUGGAAUCUUCUAGAGGGAACCCUCCUUCGCACAGUGACCUUCCCUUGUGCCAUAAAUGGUCUGGCCAUGGCCAUAGACUUUCAUCAUCAGACUCACACUUGUUCGCUGCAGGAUCAGACGGGUCGGUUUACAAAGCAUCAAUGA